ACCCCUGGGACCCUUGUCUCUCCCACAUACAUUGCUGUUGUUGUUUUUUUACCUGACCCUGCUGCUUCACUUGCUUUUAUUUUUGUCUCAUUGAAAUUGCCUGGCAGGGAGCUCUCCCAGCGCUGUUAAUAAAUUGGUUUUGCUUACUGAACUCCUUGGCACUGGUCUUUGGAAUUCUUGCAAUUAGAUUUGAUAACCAAUGCAGGAAAAAAUGUGUAAUGUUUCAAUGGUAGUGCUUUUUAUUCUUUCUAGUUUCAAACAUAAUGAGCUGAUUGUUUUUAAAAUGUGUAUUCAGUUAUGUAUCAAUGACUAUUAAGCCUGAAUUGGAAAUAUCAAAAUGUAUUUGACAGGAAGACAAAGGAGCCUACACUUCUUGUAUGCUAAGAUAGUGUGUAAAGGGAAUACUGAAGGGAAAUGUCUUAUGUGAGAGAUAGACUUCGAUUUUUGGAUUCACUGAACAUGUAAAGUAUGAAACUAUUUGUUAAACCAUUUGACUGUUUGAAGUGUUAAAGUGAAUUUGUGGUUUUGGUGUUCAUUAGUUGUUUUGAAAUGGUAACAUGACAUGUUUUUUUGUGUUUGCCAUUAUGUGUUAACCCUCUGGACUACAUGGCUUUGUUGCAUCAUUAAAAACAAUGUACUGCAGGAUCAUUGUAGGAGGAGUGGGCAGGAAAUGGGGGAUUGUGCAAAGCUUUCUUCAGAAGGAGGCUCAUGCUCAGAUUCCAGGAAAGGGGGAGUGAACCUGGACCUGUUCCAGCACAGCUCACUGUAUAUAAGAGCAGUGGAUCACCUGAGCCUGACCCACAGUCAGCCUGACACCGAGGCGACAGAGAAAACCAACACACACCUCCAACAGAGAACCUGGUCCUCACUCAGAAUGUCUUGGAGUGACUUAUUCUUUCCAGGCAACCCCGGGCGGCGUGAGGAGGUGAUCCGUCUGAGUCAGGAGCUGUUGUCCUGCAUGACUCAAAACUUCAAUGCCACCAACCGUCUUUCCAAGCUCCUCAACACAGAGUUCAAGUGCUCUUUGCCACACAUCACUCUUAACAACCAAGCCAGCAUCAGAGAAAACUGUGAUACCCUAAUUGGUGCCAUCAGCAAGAUCCAGAAGGAGUUGACCCACAUUGAUGAGAAGCUGAAGGCAAAACUGAACCCAGAGUUGUACAAAAAGCUCCGCGAUAUAUCUACACCUAUUUCUGACAGGAUUAAAAUAGCUUCUCAGGCUCUUACUACCACAAUGGGCAUCGUGACAACGGCUGCUUCUGUUGCUGUAGUUGAACUAAUUAACAAAGGGGUAAUCUUUAGUCGAAUCGUCUCUACCCUGGGCAGGAUCAGUACCUGCACUGUGGCUAUGAUUGGUUUAGGGGUGUUAGGGUUUGCCAUCGAUGCGAUUGCCAGUGCAAUCCUUGGGGCCAUCGAAAAGUCCAACCUUGAGACAGUUAUUCAGGAAUACAAAGAUGCAGUGGAGAAAUUCAAACCGAGCUCUGAGCAGUACCAGGAUGACAUAAUAUAUGUCAUUGUUAAACUGGAGGUCAUGCAGGAAAAAUAAAAAUUAGGGCAUGGUGUUUUUUUUUUUUUUUCGAGGGGCAGCUGUAACAUGCUAAAUACAAGCCUUUCUUCAUUAAUAACAUUUUACAUUUUUCUAUAUCAUCUGCUUCUGCUCUGCUUGGAUUUUUGAGAGAUGCUUUUUUAUGUUAUGCAGAAUUGUAUCUGUAAGUGUGAAAUAAACUGUAAAUCCAUCAUUAAUAAACAUGUUCUUUUGCUGUUCUUAACCUCAGCGAUUUAUUCUGCUUGUAAAGCACUUCUGAGUUAUCUUGCACAUGAAUAGCAACAUAAAUUUAUUAGAAUUGCUUACAAAUAUCAUUAGGGACAAAAAUCAUACAGAGAUGAAAUUAUUUUACAGACAUUUAACAGUGAACAAUCUUCUUAUUGGGUUAGACUGGGGAGGCUGCAAAAUGAACAAGUAUCUCCAAAAAACACAUGUGAAGGUUCAAGUUUGACAGUUUAAGAGUUCUUACACAUGUGACAAUAUAUGGCAUUCCUAUUAUGGCGCCACCUAUAGGCCAUUUACCACCAAAUAAGACUAUUGAGAAAAGCAUGUUUCCAUUAUCCACAAUGUCCUAUUUUUAGGCACUUUUUUCACAUAACAUUUAAAAAUAAGGAAAUUGAGUGGUUGCUGGUGGCCAUCUUUGUUUUUUUGGUAAACUUAACCCUCUCAGUGCCACAGGCGACUAUAGUCAAAUUUGAAAUGUCAGGAAUCUCCCUGUAUCACUCCUCCUCUAGUCACGCCUCACUCACUCUGGAGCUGCCCGCCCCCUCUUCCAGAAUGAAAUCACUCCUGCUUUUCCCCCGGAGUCAUUUCAAAAUAUGUGUUUCCCUGCCGUCAUUCAGUACAUGCCAAGGUUUUCUUUUAAAUCAAGAGGAUUAUUUUCAGGUUGAGUCAAACAAUAUGUGGUGUAAAAAGGAAGUCUGUGUUGUGUUAUUCACUUUCUG